UAUUAAUGGUGGUUCCAUAUUCGAUAAUCAGACAACUGUAUUGGUUCUUUCUCCGCGCAUUCCCAGUUGUUUUUGCUUAUUCCUACGCAGUGGAUUUCAUGGAAUCAAAAUUUCAGGACAAAGACUUCCUCAGUAUGGAAAUAUUCAGGGAUAUUGGUGUUCUUUAUGUCACUGGUCUGUUCUCCGAUUAUUUGUUUGGCGAAAAGUGUUGGACUAAAGUGUUUUUGGUGGCUUACACAUUGCCACUUCUCAUAAGGCAAUUAGGUCUUCCUAUUACUAUCAACAAUAUUGUUCAUUACAUGGCAACUGAAGCAAUAUUUUAUUAUCUCAUAAUCAAACUAAUACAUAUCAUUCUUGUUGCCACUAAUCUGCUAAAUGUAUGGGAAAAUAUCCUUGACAAUUUCAGAUUUAGUGCCUUUUUAAAUAUCAUCGCAUCUGAUAUUCGAUUUUCAAAACAAUUACUAGUGUACUGGUCACUGCUAUUUUUAUACCAAUUAUUCUGCAAUUUGUCAGCUGUUAAAGAAAUGGAUUGGCCAACACUUUUCUUCGUGAGUGUCGGUGAAUGCUGCACUACCCCUCUCGGAGUGAUCGCGAUGUGUAAAUCGGUUCUGUAUGCAUACCAAUAUUUCAUUGCUCUCACUAAUGCCUUCAUACAUGGCUUGGAUACCUAUGGUAAGUUUAAUUAUAAUGUGACCUGGGCACAUGGCUUUUUCAUACUUGCGAUGUAUAUAAGGUCUGGAUUUUUGCCAUCAGCCGAACAUUUGGAAAGUCCAUUCAAAGGAGCAUUCAGAAUGAAAAUUGUACUUCUUUCCACCGUCUUAUUUUUUCUAAACUUGACAUAUUGUAACACACAUCCAGUUAUCAUAUCAUUUAGUGUAGCUCCUAAGACGAAGCCAUUUAAACAUAUCCGGGGACUUCUGACAUACAUUUUUAUCAUACUAUUUUGCGCGCUUACGAUGACGAUGAUUUAUAAGUUAAGUGAUGUCUCUGAGACUAUCAAUAUUUUAUCACUCUGUUUGUCAACCUGUGUCCAAGCCAUGUCCUCUUUCAUCAUUUAUAUUAUUUAUGUAUAUGAUGGAAUAUAUUCGAAACCAUGGGAAAGUAUGGAUGAUGUCGUGUUUUACAUUUGGUCGACUAUACAACUUAUAAACACUGUGCUGUCAUUUGUUCUUGCUUGCACCAGUGACUUUUUUCUUUUUCAAAACUAUUUCUACUGGUUAAGCCCUCUGUUGUUGGUAGGAUGUUUACCCUUUUGGGAGAGAUUAAAAAUGCUAUGGAAAAAUUUACAAGUAAGGAGGAAAACUAUGAAAAUGAUUGAUUUGUUACCAAAUACCACAGAGGAACAAAUACAAGAUUUUGAUGAUGUGUGUUCGAUCUGUCAGUAUUCGAUUUCGACGGCUAAGAUAACACCAUGUGGUCACUUCUUUCACCAAAUGUGUCUAAAAAAGUGGAUGUACACCAAUGAUCUUUGCCCAUUAUGUAGACAAAGUGUAAGCUCUGAUUCACCUUCCAAAUCCGAAAUGAACAAUGAGUCUGACGUUCACUCUGAAUCUGGCUUUCACUCCGAAUUUGAGGCAUUCAACGAAUCCAGCAACCAUUCAGAAUCCAAUUCUGAAGAUGAAUCCUCUAUCAAUUCUGAACCAAAUUCGCUCGACGAAUCCGAUACCCCUUCUGAAUCCGAUUCUCUUGACUAGACAGAAAAUAAAUCUUAAAGUGAUAAUCAUGGGCAUGGCAGAUAAAGAUCUUUUUAAAUAAAACAUAUAUAUAUAAUUUUUUUUAAGUGACAAAUGUGUAAAAGAUAUUAAUAUAUUCGUAUUCUCAAG